AUGAUGCGCAAGGACGGGGUAGAGAAGACGCUGCAGCAGCAGCAGCUGCUGCUAAGAAGACUUGAUGCUGCUGUGCUGCUGCUGUCGCAGCAGCAGCAGCGGCUGUCUGUGCAGCAGCGGGAGAUAUUUAAGGAAAUUUGCUUCUUUAUUUGCUGCCUUCCUCCUGCUGCUGCAGUGUCUGCACAGGCUAAAGAUUUUGCUGCUGCUGCUGCUGCUGCAGCACCUGUGGGGCCCUUGCCAAGGGGGGUACCUGGCUUAGAUUAUACCCAAAUAGACAUUAAGCCAGCGUUGUCUCGAAGAGUUUUGGUUACAACAGAAGCAACAGGAGAAGUGGCCCUGCACCACGUGGGUGAGCGCGAGGUGUACGUACAGCUGGAGCAGCAGCAGCAGCAGCAGCAAAAACAGCAGCAGAAGCAGCAGAAGCAGAGACGGAGGCGGGGGGAGUUGGCGGAGCUGCUGCCUGGUGUCUUGCUGCUGGAGGAUUUCCCUGCAUUGACAGCAGCAGAAGCUUUCUCCCUUGCAUGCAUUGCUUCUUCGUCUUCUGCUGCUGCUGCAGCAGCAGCAGCAACAACAACACCCCUGCAGCACCGCUUAGUAGCGGCGAGCUGA